CACCCCUGGGAUACCGUGAUCAAGGCCGCUAUGAGGAAGUAUCCCAACCCAAUGAACCCGUGCGUGGUGGGAGUCGAUGUGCUCGACAGGAGCCUUGACAGCCGGGGCAGGCUGCACAGCCACCGGCUSCUCAGCACGGAAUGGGGGCUGCCGGGCAUCGUGCGAGCGAUUUUAGGAACAAGUAGAACUCUGACUUACAUUGAGGAACAUUCAGUGGUGGAUCCAGUGGAAAAGAAGAUGGAGCUUUGCUCAACUAAUAUUACUCUCACAAAUUUGGUGUCUGUUGAUGAGAGACUGGUUUACACGCCCCAUCCUGAAAACCCUGAGAAAACUGUGCUAACUCAAGAAGCAAUUAUUACUGUCAAAGGCAUUAGCUUGAGCAGUUACUUGGAAAGCUUAAUGGCAAGCACAAUCUCUUCUAAUGCCAGAAAGCUCUUCUGGAAUGCUCUGCUGUGCUCCUGUGUUCUUAGCAGCCUUCCCAGGCUUUAUAAAAGCCACUGGAAAAUGUUUUACUGUUCCGAAGAAACGGGAACCUUUGCUCUGAGGUUUGGAGGGUCGAGAUGCCCUGGAAUGGGUGAUUGGCAARUUAAACACAGAACUGGAGGAACUCAAGUCAACGCGCGAAAACAUGAAAUCGGCCAUGGCAGCAGCAUCAACAGAGAACUGAAGGCAAAACCUGCCAGGAAGUGACACAGAAAUCUUAUUCUGCAAACUUCUUUUUUUUYCUGUAGAUGACCCUCCCAAGGUUGAUCUGCACAGGUUUUAUAUGUAUAUAARAACACUAGAUCUGAGAAAAAACAUCUAGGAAAAGUAACCGUGUCCCAUCUCCCCAGCAUCUUUGGUUGCCCGCUGACCGAGACGUCCUGCAAAUGCUCUUUUGGUUUAAACAGAGUCCUUUAGAUAGUGGAGACAAAACACUCAGCACAUUUAAACCUGCCCCAAAUGUGCCUUCUAUAACAAAAGCAGAGAAUAUGUUUCUUAUAUUUUACACCAUCUUUGCUUUUUGUAUUCUAAGAGAACUCGUAUGUUCAUUAAGGGUUUUUCAUAAGAGCAUUGGUCUAUGAAGAUCUGAUAGGUGCUAAAGCAGUUGAUUUUGUCCCUUUUCUAACCUCUUAUGGUCAGUCAAAGGGAACUAUGCGAGAGAGAAUGUGGUACUAUAGAGAAGGAUCCUAYAGAGGAUUAUCCCCAAAACCUAAAACGUGCGUGGCACUAACUCCUCUGAGCUGUCCAAGUGUGCUGUCUGCACGAGACACACGGAUACUUUACCUCUUGGAUGUUUGUAUCCAACACAGAUAAUGUUUCUAUUGAUGGUAGUAAUCUAAACCAGCUGCUCUUUGUAGGGAGAAGGGUGUAAUUUAUUGUCAUAUUUAUUAACUUGCAGCAGUCCUCUCCAUGCUACCAGAAGAGCACUGGUAAUUCCUGGAAAGUGCUGGAAAAUCCUUCCCUUAUUUAUUUGCAGAAAGGCUACUUGAAUGAAGGGACUGUGCUGUUCCACRGGUGCUUGCUUUGACAUCAGGUCUUAACUGAGGAGGAGACUCUGAUGCAAGAAGUAGGCUCUUGCUCAGAUGAGAAAUACCCUAGAAACUUGAAAUCCACGGGGCAGUAUCUCGUAAGCAGGUACUCCCUCUUCUCUAAGGGAAGACAAAAGUAGAUGGAAAAUGAAAUGGUCUCGCUUUUUUCAGUGCUUUCCACAAACUACUGGCUUAACUUUGUGGGUUUUUCUUUUUAACACUUUGCCAUAUUGGCACAAAAAGUUUUUAGGAUCAUUUUUAAAUAAUUCUCAUGUGGAAAAAUAGCAGCUAUAGAAAUUGCUUCCUUAAAACRUGCAUAAAUACAGGUUGAUAACGGAGCUCAUUAAAGAGGGUUUUUUUUUGGUCCAUGCAGAGUUACCUGUUUUAUGCAGCCCUCUGCUAGGGCAUUUUAAUGUAUUUUUUGUGUGUGUGCCUGCAAACUGAGAUAAAUGUUGCAAAGGUGUUUACUGGCGCCAGUGGCGACCAGGGACUUAGGGAACUGUUGAAGAGCACAAGCAAAUUCUGUAAAAUGUAGMAAAGUGGUUGUCGCUGCAGCUUGAACUCGUGACUUAAAGAAGUAGCUUUAAGCAAACUGAAAUGAGGAGCUUUAGGGAACUGCCUGUGGCUUUAGGGAGACUGCAGAGUCCGUGUUCCUUAUGUGACUCGUGAGAGUGAGCAUCAAUUUGGGUGUAACUAUAGUCCGUCCGAGUCGUGAGAUCCUAAUGAAUAAACCUGUUUUUUAAGAAUAGUUAAGGUCUUUUCU